AUGAACCCUAAAAUAAUUUCAACACAUUUUGUUCAUGUGACAGUUUUUAGACUGAUUGGAUGUAGUGUAGCUUCACAUUGGCAUCAACCUACCAUAAUCAAACUUCUCCUACUAGGCCUUAUCCUUUUUCUUGUUACUAUUAUUCCACUCUACAUCUUCAACUCCUCUUCACCCUGGCCAUCUUUUAGAACUCUUAAGACCAUAAAUUUUGGGAAGACUACAUGUACUAUUUUCCAAGGAAGAUGGAUUUGGUACCCCAACAGGUCUUACUAUACUAAUGCAACAUGUCAGGAAAUCUUUGAUCAACAUAGCUGCAUCAAGUUUGGCAGACCUGACACUGAUUUUUUGAAAUGGAGAUGGAAACCUGACCAAUGUGAGCUCCCUUUAUUUGAUGCAAACCAGUUCUUGGAGCUUGUAAGAGGGAAGUCAAUGGCAUUUGUUGGGGACUCUCUGGCAAGAAACCAAAUGCAGUCAUUGCUCUGCCUCUUAGCCACUCAGGUGGUCUAUCCUUUAGAUGUUUCUUAUACAUCAGAUUCAAGAUUGAAAAGAUGGUUCUAUGUUAACUACAACUUCACACUAGCAUCCUUUUGGUCACCUCAUUUGGUUAAAGCCAUUGACACAGACCCUAAUGGCCCAACCUACAAUCGCCUCAUGAAUCUUUACUUAGAUGAGGCAAAUGAUGUGUGGGCAGCUCAAAUUGAAGCCUUUGACUAUGUCAUCAUCUCAGCUGGAAGAUGGUUCUAUGGACCACAGGUAUUCUUUGAAAAUGGCAAGGUUGUGGGUUGCCAUUUGUGCCUCAAAAACAAUAUCAAGAACCUUACUAUGUUAUAUGGAUACAGAAGGGAUUUCAGGACUGCUUUCAAGAUCCUUACGGGACUUGAAAAUUUUAAUGGGGUGACAUUUUUGAGGACAUUGUCACCUGCACAUUUUGAGAAUGGGGAAUGGAACAGAGGAGGGAAUUGUAUCAGGACAAGGCCAGUUUCAAGAGGAGAAAUGAAAUUGGAAGGGGAUGAUUUGGAGCUCUACUUGACUCAAGUUGAGGAGUUAAGGAGAGCAGAAAGGGAAGGGAAGAAGAGAGGUUUGAAGUUUAGAUUGCUAGACAUAAAUGAAGCAAUGGUUGUGAGGCCAGAUGGACACCCUAACCAUUAUGGGCAUUGGCCACAUGAGAAUGUGACUAUUUCUGAUUGUGUGCAUUGGUGCUUGCCAGGUCCUAUUGAUACUUGGAAUGAUUUCUUGCUUCAGAUGUUGAAGAUGGAAAGGUAUUGAGAAGCCAUUUGAUUUCAAAGAUACUGCUAGCCCAAUCUUUGUUGCAAAAUUUUUCUUUCUAAUAAAAUCAUAGCAUUAAUUUUUUGGAUGUACAGUAAAUUGAGUUAAUUUCUGUC